AUGGACAGCGAUCCGCAGAUGCAGCAGGCCAUCUACGCCAGCAUUCAAUCUGCCAGCCCUUCAAGACAUUCCAUAGAACACUCGACCAGGCUAACUUCAUCGCGCUCUCUACCAGCAACUGGCGGGGACAAUUUCACCCGCGCAGUUUGUCCGAGGACAUACCGCCGUCGUCUCUCAACAGGGGCGCACGGCUAUGGACACGUCGACGAGCUCAGGCGCUCUGGAAUAGCUCCAGCUGUGACGAAUGCUCUGGAAAAUUGCAAGGCCAAACGCAACAACAAUAGCAGGCCAUGUUGCAAAAUCAGAAAUCCUCAGGUGGCAAGGAACGAGACCUCCCUCGGAGAAACCCCUGCUUCGGAAACCAGUGGGGCUGUGGAGCUGUCUGACAGCAGACCGAAAACCUGUGCAAGCGAUAGGUCUGCAGGAUUGCAGGAAUCGUGGAGCCGCAUUGUAGGACUGGGCUCAUACCACACGAAGGAAUGCGAAGGCGCAUUCAAGGGGCACGUCGAAAACACGCAGGAGGAAAUUUGCAUCAUCGGCCCCUCUCAUCAGCCCGAAAAUUCCCACGACUACAAACUUCGCUUCGAAUUUAGGUGUAAUCAUGCGGCGCCCGCGAGUGGAAACGUCCCGGCCUUCGACCUGGUGCUGGCAUCCCAGGCAGACAGCAGCGGCUCCCUUAACUUCACGGCGAUCCACGUGGACUGCCACGACAGAUUCCUAUCUGUUCACCGGAGUACCGCCGGUAACCUGACUACCCUAUACAGGGUGCCCCACAGGUGGGAGUAG